UAGUGAUCCUAGUUCUCUCUAGACUGGACAAGUCUCUUCAGAUGCAGUUUCCCAACUGCGGGCCUGGGCGAGUCCGCAGUCGGCAGCGCAGUGGCGGGAACCGCAGCCUGGGGACCCUGGAACCUCCCAGAAACAGUGUAAAACGUUCUUAUAUGAUGAUGAAAAUGGCUGUAAGUAGAUCUGAAACUCAGAGAAGAGCAACAAGAAGAAUGACUGCUUCUCUGGUAAAUGUGUCCAAGGGUCUGUUAACAUUCAGGGAUGUGGCUGUGGAGUUCUCAGUGGAGGAAUGGGAGUAUCUCAGCUGUUCUCAGAAGUCAUUGUAUAGAGAUGUGAUGAUGGAGAAUUACAACAAUCUAUUCUUUGUGGAGAAUCAUCAUAAUUAUAAGAAGGUCUUGGAUCAAGGCACAAAUCAUAUUGUCUACAAGCAUGUGGAUAUCUAUGAAAAGUCAUAUAAAUAUGAGCUUGUCAAAAUGAUUCAAGAAUCCUUCCAAGGUACACAUUUUGAAACUAAACAUAAAGAUACAUCUGUUAAAACAUCGAAGCUAAACAGACAAAAAAUUGGAAAGACUGAAGAUGAACCUUGCAAAUUUAAAGACUGUGUAAUCUGUUUGAAUGUGUGUUCCAUCAUUAGACAGAAUCACAGAAUCCAGGUAGAAGAGAAAGAAUUGAACACUACAGAGUAUGAAAAGCUUUAUGACUUUAAACAUAAACUCAUGCUGAAACAAAGUAAUAAUACUGGAAAGAAACCAUACAAUUUCAGGAAAUGUGGGAAAGGCUUCAAGAUGUACUCAAGCCUCAGUAGACAUCAGAGAGCACAUACUAGAAAGAAAUCGUAUAAAUGUACAAAAUGUAGGAAAUCCUUUUUGCAUUUGUCACAGCUCAAAGUACAUUACAAAAUUCAUUAUGAACAAUAUCCUUGCAAAUGUACAGAAUGUGAUAAGUGCUUUUAUCAUACACCAAGCUUCAAAAAACAUUAUAGGAUAUACACAGGAGAGAAACCUUACAAAUGUAAUGAAUGUGAGAAAUUCUUUACGCGGAAAUACCAUCUUACGAUUCAUCAGAGAAUUCAUACAGGAGAGAAACCUUACAAAUGUAAUGAAUGUGAAAAAUUCUUUACGCGGAAAUAUCAUCUUACAGUUCAUCAGAGAAUUCAUACAGGAGAGAAACCUUACAAAUGUAGUGAAUGUGACAGAUGCUUUACCAGGAAAUACCAUCUUACAGUUCAUCAAAGAAUUCAUACGGUAGAGAAACCUUAUAAAUGUAGUGAAUGUGAUAUGUCUUUUAUCAAGAAAUACAAUCUUAGAAGUCAUCAAAGUAUUCAUACAGGGGAAAAACCUUACAAAUGUAGUGAAUGUGACAAAGGCUUUAACUACAAAGGCAAACUUAGAAGACAUCAGAGAAUUCAUACAGGUGAGAAACCUUACAAAUGUAGUGAAUGUGGUUCCCAUUUUUAUUAUAGAAGUGACCUUAGAAGUCAUCAGAGAAUUCAUACAGGAGAAAAACCUUACAAAUGUAGUGAAUGUGACAAAUCUUUUGCCCUGAAAACCAGACUCCGGUGUCAUCAGAGAAUUCAUACAGGAGAGAAACCAUACAAAUGUAUUGAAUGUGACAAAUCUUUUACCCAGAAAGGCAAUCUUUUAAUUCAUCAGAAAAUUCAUAAAGGAGAGAAACCUUAUAAAUGUAGUGAAUGUGACAAAUGCUUUACCUUCAAAACUGAUCUUAGAAUUCAUCAGAGAAUUCAUACAGGAGAGAAACCAUACAAAUGUAUUGAAUGUGACAAAUCUUUUACCCAGAAAGGCAAUCUUUUAAUUCAUCAGAGAAUUCAUACAGGAGAGAAACCUUAUAAAUGCCAUGAAUGUGGUAAAUGCUUUACCCAAAAAUAUAGUGUUACUGUUCACCAGAGAAUUCAUACUGGAGAAAAACCGUAUAAAUGUAGCAAAUGUGACAAAUGCUUUACUCACAAAGAUAAUCUUAGAAGUCAUCAGAGAAUUCAUACAGGAGAAAAACCUUCUAAAUGUAGUGAAUGUGACAAAUGCUUUACUCACAAAAGCGGUCUUAGAAACCAUCAGAGGUUUCACUCAGCAGAGAAACCUUACAAAUGUGGUGAAUGUGACAAAUCCUUUACCUAUUUACGAAGUCUUAGAAGUCACCAGAGAUUUCAUACAGAAGAGAAACCUUACAAAUGUAGUGAGUGUGACAAAUGCUUUAAUCACAAAUGUCACCUUAGAAGUCAUCAGAGAAUCCACACAGGAGAGAAACCUUAUAAAUGUAGUGAAUGUGACAAAUGCUUUACCUACAAAAGCAGCCUUAAAAGUCAUCAGAGAAUCCACACAGGAGAAAAACCUUAUACAUGUAGUGAAUGUGACAAAUGUUUUUUUCAAAAACACACUCUUAGUAUUCAUCAGAGAAUUCAUACAGGAGAGAAACCAUAUAAAUGUAAUGAAUGUAAUACAUUCUUUAGAUAUAAAUGUAGUCUUAGCACUCAUCAGAGAAUGCAUACAUUAGAGAAUAUUUACAAAUGAAGCAAGUAAUACAAACCCUUCACCAAGGAAGAUCAUUCUAGAACUCAUCAAAGAAUACAUACAGGAGAGACACCUUUCCAAUGUAAAUAUUCAAACCCUUUACUAUAAGCUCAUCUCUGACAGUAGAUUAGAGAAUACACACAGGAGAGAAACCUCACAAAUGUUACAUUAGGAAAGAUCUUUACCUGAAAAUUAGGUCUAAGAAAAUAUCUAGAAAUAGAUAGUAGGGGGUUAAGUUCCCACAGGAAAACAUGUAGCAUAUAGUUUACUCAAGUGAAAUUCUUUGCAACACUUAAGGCUCCACACUAGAGUUUAUUGUGAAUAUGAGGCACUUGUGAAAGCAUUUAAGUAAUGUUCAAAUCUAAGAAACUGAAGCAUUUAUGCUAGAGAAACUCUGAAAAUGUGACAAGGAAAAUUUUUCAAGUUGUUCACUAUCAAAUAUUUCAUCAUGAAGACCAAGUAGAAAAGCCACAAGAAUGCAGUAUUGUGUAAGACUUUCUUGGAGAUUGAAACAAUCCAUUGCGAAGGAAAUCUGUUUACAGCAGAUAAUACACCUCUCAAAUAUAGUGACACCAAUAGCAUUCUGUAUGUUUAACUGAAAUGAAGAAACUCAGACAAAUCAUACAUCUUAAAAAAGGAUUUGAGAAACUGAGCCAUCAAAAUUGAAUGCUCUUCAUUGUGCUGGUAUUCCUACAGAUAACACAGAUUACCCUGAGUGUUCAGUAUUCAUAAUCUGUAUCUUAUGCUGGUUUCAAGUUUCAAGAUAGCAACUGUCUAUGAGUCCCUUGGGCUCUGAUCACCAACUUCUUCACCAUAGUCCUGUAUGUAACUGUAAUAAAUUUCAUUGAUCGGA